ACUGACUCGGACUCUAACACUACUGACUCGGACUCUACCACUACUGACUCGGACUCUACCACUACUGACUCGAACUCUAACACUACUGACUCGGACUCUAACACUACUGACUCGGACUCGGACUCGGACUCUAACACUACUGACUCGGACUCGAACUCUUACACUACUGACUCGGACUCUAACACUACUGACUCGGACUCUAACACUACUUACUCGGACUCUAACACUAACACUACUGACUCGGGCUUGGACUCUAACACUACUGACUCGGACUCAAUCACUACUGACUCGGACUCGGACUCUAACACUACUGACUCGGAUUCUAACACUACUGACUCGGACUCUAACACUACUGACUCGGACUCGAACUCUUACACUACUGACUCGGACUCUACCACUACUGACUCGGGCUCGGACUCUAACACUAACACUACUGACUCGGACUCGGAC